AUGGCUACAAAUCUGAAGCAAUGGUUCGCCCAUACAUCCACUCCAUUCAUCGCCAAUGCACCCAUGUUUGGAUUCGCAGAUAUCAACCUAGUGACUGCAGUGACAAAGGCCGGCGGAUUCGGCUUCCUUGGUGCCGGCUUCGAUUUCAAACCGGAGUCCACGCAGCUCCAAAGUUUGGACACUCAAUUGGCAAAAUGCCGUACUAUCCUCGAUCUGAGUGAUGCACAGACACUACCACUUGGUGUCGGCUUCAUCACAUUCCAACCAAGCGGGUUUACUGAGAAUGCCAUUCCCGUCCUGCGGAAGCACCGGGUAGCAGCGAUCUGGCUAUCGUUCCCUCAGACAAAUGCUGAUCAUCUUCUAAUGAUCCAAGCCAUUCGGCAAGCUCAGCAGGAGUUUGAUUGGGAUACAAAGGUAUUCGUUCAGGUGGGGACUAUCAAGGCAGCUGAGGAAGCUAUCAAGCAGGGUGUCGAUGUUUUGGUUGUUCAGGGAACUGAUGCGGGGGGUCAUCAAUGGGCCCAGGGUGCUAGUCUAGUAUCUCUCUUGCCUGAGGUACGGGAUAAGUUGUUAAACACUCAGAAUCGGUCGAUUGCUGUUCUUGCUGCUGGUGGUAUUGUGGAUGGGAGAGGGUGUGUUGCUGCUCUUGGUCUCGGUGCUGAUGGAAUCGUCAUGGGCACAAGGUUUGUUGCAACCUUUGAAUGUCCGGCACCAUCUGCUAUGAAAGAGGCUAUUGUAUCUAGUAGUGAUGGUGGAGUCUCGACCAUUAAAUCCACUCGACAUGAUGUGUUUCAGUCAACUGAUGUCUUUCCGAAGCAAUAUGACGGGAGAGCUGUUAUUGGAGUUAAUUAUGAGGAAUCUGAGGAAGGGGUCAGUGACGAUGAGAUUAUUCGACGGUACGAUGAGGCCAGGAAGGCGGGUGAUGACCAGAGAAGGACCGUUUGGGCGUAA